GUCGGAAGGGAGCUCUCCAACCCGCACUAUUCCAUCAUCGCGGGAGGAAGAAGGACAAGAGGAGGAGUGAGGGGAGAAGAAGAUUUUAGGAAUUUCUGCCCCCACUCUCUGGGGCAAUAACCUUUUGGAAAUCAAUGGCAAUCAUAACCUUAUUGAAAAGGGGAAAUGAUGUCGUAUCAAUAUACCUCACAACCUCUUGAGGAUGCCUGCCAUAGAUGUGGGCAAAACUUCAGGAGAGAAUGCUUCUGGAUCGUGGCCCUGUCCUAUCCCUUUGGCAAAUGAGAAUCACCAUGAACAUGUGGAGACCACCUUUUGAAAACCACUAGUCAAGAAUGAUGGCUGAAAGUGAGGAGUUGAGGAGUCUUAUAAAAAGGUAAAGGUUUCCCCUGACGUUAAGUCCAGUCAUGUCUGACUCUGGGGGUUGGUGCUCAUCUCCAUCUCUAAGCCGAAGAGCCGGCGUUGUCCAUAGACACCUCCAAGGUCAUGUGGCCGGCAUGACUGCAUGGAGCGCCGUUACCUUCCCGCCGGAGCGGUACCUAUUGAUCUACUCACAUUGGCAUGUUUUCGAACUGCUAGGUUGGCAGAAGCUGGAGCUAACAGCGGCCGCUCAUGCCGCUCCUGGGGAUUGAACCUGGGACCUUUUGGUCUGCAAGUUCAGCAGCUCAGUACUUUAACACACUUCGCCACCAAGGUUCCUCAAGGAGUCUUAUAACCAAGGUGAAAGAAGAAAGUGGUCCAUCCAACCAGGGAUCGAAAACUGUAUAAGUUAGGUUUAAAAGGAUUUUAUGUCAAAGAGGAGGAAAACAGCACAGGGGAAGAUCAAGUAUCUGAAGAUGAGGAAAAAGAACAAAAACAUGAUAUUUUUAAUACUGCUGACUUACCAUCAGACAGCCGUGUCCCUGAGGUUGAAGACAUUGAACUAGAUUCAGAAACGGAACUUAUGAAGAGUAUGGGUUUGCCUUUACAAUUUGGUGGAGCAGCAGUCCAUAAGACUAUUAUGCGAUCUGGGAAUACUUAUAAAAGGAAUAACAAAGUAAUGAAGAAAAAGAAGAAGAAAAAAAACAUGCUGCAAAAAGAUAUUCUUGAAAUAAUGAAGGAUACUUUGGAAGAGGAUCAUGAGACUGAAGACAGCCACUCUCUAGCUGAUGACCCAUCCUUAAUUAACAAGGAAGUUGAUGAACAAUGUGAAAAUGGAGAAGUCAAACUUGAUGAGAUGAAUGAGAAAUGGGAAAUAUAUUGGGGCGAAUAUGGAGAAGGACUUCUUUGGAAAAGUUGGCAGGAAAAACAGGAGGAUGUAGAUUCUGAGCUUUUAUCUAUUAGCGAACCUUGGGAUAAUCCUGAAAUGAAGGAAAAAUGGCAGCAGCAUUAUAAUGAACUGUACUGGUAUUACUGGGAACAGUUUCAGUACUGGGCAAAUCAAGGUUGGACUGUUGAUGUGGCACAUAGUAGUCCAAAAAUAAAUAAAGGUAACCUAGAAACAAAGGAAGAAAAAACACAGAAUAUUGAAAUAGAUGAUGAGUACAGAGAAGUUCCGGACUCAAAUUUCUGUCCUCUUGCUUCUGUUGCCAGCUGUGAAUGUAAUCCCAUUAAAAACGACAAUCAGUGUAAUAUUGAUAUUCUUACAGAAAUCAAUAAAAUAAAUUUGAACUCAGAAGAAGCAGAAGAUAGCAAAUCGGAAACGAUGGUUGAUAGCAAUGAUAGUCAAGGACUCUAUUUAACAAACAUGGAAAGGCAUUGUCCUUGUGAUUCUAGCCAGUCUAAGAAAUCUGAUGAGGGACCAAAAGAAGAAAAUACGACUUCUGAAUAUGGAUGUUCAAACCCAGCAGCUUCACAGGUGCAUUCCACAGGAGGUGGGGGAUCAUCGCAUAAUAACAGUGAUGGUGAUGAACAGCCACCUGAACAGAAACCUGUCAGAUUAAAGAGAAGCCAUGAAUUAGACGCUGAAGAAGAUGCUCAGGCAGAUCCUGAUGAAGUUUUUGGUUUCUUGGGGCUCAAGCGUGGCACAGGACAAAGAUACAGAGAAAUUCCUGGUUUCAGUGAAAGAAGAGUGACUCAUCUCAAUCGAAACAUGAAAUUUAAAUCAAAGUUAUUGGAUAUGCGGAGAACAAUCAAGACCAAAAAUAAGCAUAUCUUUUUUACAGAAGAACCUGAAGUGGGAGUAUUUAAGACAAGUGAAACUUUGAAUAAGGUCGAAAGGUUCUUGAAGCAAGUAAAUGAACCUCAGGAAGAGACAUCUCAAGACAAAACAGUUCAUGCUUCCACUAGUAGUGAUUCAGAAGAACAGGAAAAUUCUGUUUGCUCACAAAAUAAUCCAGAUGUCCAAAACUAUGAACUGGUUCUCCCUGAUUCAAAUUCUAGUAGACAUAAAGGAAACAGCAUUGAAGAGGAGAAGCUGAUAAUAGCAGCAAGGGACUGUAAUUCUGAAGUGCCUGUUGAAGAGGUGGAAAAAGAACCAUGUUCUUUGGGAAGAGAGCUGCUUCCCUUGGAUAUUCCAGACUAUCUCCAGAUGGAAACAGAAGGUGAAGUAAAACCUAUGAAAAAGAAGAAAAAUAGAAAGAACAAGAAGGAAAAUAGAAGUGUACCGUCCCUGCCCCCUGAAAUAGCUGCCGAUCCAGAAUUGGCUAAAUACUGGGCACAGAGGUACAGGCUGUUUUCUCGGUUUGAUGAAGGGAUUCACUUAGACAGAGAGGGAUGGUUUUCUGUUACACCUGAGAAAAUUGCAGAGCAUAUUGCAGACCGUGUAAGGCAGUCCUUCAAGUCUGAUAUCAUAGUGGAUGCAUUUUGUGGUGUGGGAGGAAAUUCAAUUCAGUUUGCCCUUGCAGGAAAAAGAGUAAUUGCUAUUGAUAUUGAUCCUGUGAAGAUCCGUCUCGCGCACAAUAAUGCGGAAGUGUAUGGAGUGGCUGACCAAAUAGAAUUUAUAUGUGGGGAUUUCAUGAAGCUUGCAUCCAGUUUAAAAGGAGACAUUGUGUUUCUGAGUCCUCCAUGGGGUGGCCCUGAAUAUACCACUGCUGAAGUUUUUGAUGUUCAAACAAUGAUUUGUCCUGAUGGAUUCGAAGUUUUCAAGCUGUCACAAAAGAUUACCAACAACAUUGUGUAUUUUCUUCCCCGCAAUGCAGACAUAGAUCAGGUGACUUCCUUAGCUGGACCAGGAGGCAAAGUUGAAAUAGAACAAAAUUUUCUGAACAACAGGUUGAAGACCAUAACUGCUUAUUUUGGAAACCUGAUCAGACAAAAUGCAUCAUGAUGGGUUUGCAUAAAUGAACCACUUAUCAAUGCAAAAUUGAUGAUCUGAAAAUUCUGAGUUUUAUCUCUUCAUCUGUUUCUAAAAUCAAUGGCUGUCAUAUUUUUUUUAAAAAAAUAGAUGGUUUUGGAAUAUUUGUUGCAAUGCCAAUAAAACGUUUUAUAAUAACACA